AUGUGUAUUCUGGUCACGUGACAUAUGUGUCAAUAAACGGAGAACAUGAAACGAUAAUAUUUUAAUGGAAAUCAAACGAGGAUUUUUGUAUUUAUAAUCACCAUUCAGUAAUUCUUUGUGAAAUAAUCGAAUUUCAAUACAAAGCAUACAUUUUGGAAGCAUUGCAAAAAAUAUACUAAUGUCUGUUUCAUAUUUAAAGUGAUUAUUGAAAAAGGUUAUAGGUGAAAACAUCCGUCAACAUGGCGAUUUUACAUCUCGGAUGAUGCAGACUCGAAACUGUAUGUUUUCUGUAUGAUCUCAUAAAUUUGAAUUAUAAAAUUUCACAAAAUGAUAGGUUGCCAAAUCGUUAAAAACGGUAUAAGUUUGUAGUUCAGAUCCUGGGAUUUAACAGCUCACGCAGUCCAUAUAGACUCAGCAUCCUUAAAAUUGUGUAUUGGACAGUAAUCGUUUGUUUAUUAACUGUUAAUGGGCUAUUGGAAAUAUUAUUCAUAAUACCAACAAAUGGCAGGGAACGGACAAACAGAUACUGAUGACCAGAAGCAUAAACAGGGAACUAGAGUUUUCAAGAAAAGCAGUCCAAAUGCAAAAAUUACAGCCUACCUGGGAAAAAGAGAUUUUAUAGACCACAUAACACAUAUAGAUCCUAUAGAUGGUGUAGUACUGGUUGAUCCGGACUAUUUAAAAGAAAGAAAAGUUUUUGCACAUGUAUUGGCAGCUUUCCGUUAUGGCAGGGAGGACCUUGAUGUCUUGGGACUUACAUUUAGGAAGGACCUUUUUCUGGCCUCCAUGCAAGUUUAUCCACCUAUUAAAGACCAACAAAGACCAUUAACAAGGCUUCAGGAAAGAUUAAUCAAGAAACUAGGGCCAAAUGCUUAUCCUUUCUUCUUUGAGUUGCCACCAAAUGCUCCUGCAUCAGUAACAUUACAACCAGCACCAGGGGAUACAGGGAAGCCUUGUGGUGUAGAUUAUGAAUUGAAAACUUAUGUAGCAGAGAACCUUGAUGAAAAGCCACAUAAAAGGAAUUCCGUCCGGUUGGCUAUAAGAAAGCUUACAUAUGCCCCUGAAGAACCGGCCCCACAACCAAGUGCUGAGGCAACCAAAGAAUUCAUGAUGAGCCCUGGCAAUAUAAAACUGGAAGCAUCAUUAGAUAAAGAAAAAUACUACCAUGGUGAAAGUAUUGCAAUUAAUGUUCUGGUGGAUAAUAACACAAAUAAGACAGUCAAGAAAAUAAAAAUUUCUGUUCGACAGUUUGCAGACAUAUGUUUAUUUUCAACUGCUCAAUACAAGUGUACAGUGGCAGAACUGGAAAGCGAAGAAGGAUUUCCGAUUCAACCUAGUCAAACUGGAUUUUGUAAAGUAUACCACUUAACUCCAUUAUUAACCAAUAAUCGAGAUAAACGGGGUUUAGCCUUGGAUGGAAAACUAAAACAUGAAGAUACUAAUCUUGGAUCUUCAACCAUAAUGACAGAGACUUGUCAGAAAGAAAACUUAGGGAUUGUUGUUUCAUAUAAGGUUAAAGUUCGUCUCAUCUUAGGAUUUGGAUCAGGUGAUUUAUCAGUAGAACUGCCAUUUACAUUGACACAUCCUAAGCCUCUUGAGUCUCCACCUCCCUCAAGAUCGGUGAGUCUGGUCCCUACAGAGGACGGAGAUGUUCCAGUAGACACUAAUCUUAUACAGCUUGACACUAAUGGUGAGUUAGAUCAGAAUGAUGAUUUCAUCUUUGAAGACUUUGCAAGAUUACGACUGAAAGGACAUGAAGGAGAUGACACAGAAGCAUAGUAAAUCUCAUAGAAUUGAUGUACCACUAUUAAAUCCAUGCUUGUUGAUCAACCUAAAUAUAAAAUGUAUCUCUACAGGGAUGAAGUAUAAAACUUGGCUAUUUUUAGAUUGCCUGUUAAUUAUAUUUUAUUAAUUAUAAAUUAUUAACAUAGAUUUAUGUUUAAGAUACAAUGUUUCUCCACCUCAGAUAAG